GCAUUCCUCGGACUGUCAAAGAUGUUGCGAAAACACAAAAUACUUCCGUGUUGACGAAGAAAGAAAGAAAAAAAACAGAUACGGUUUAACAAUUUUAUGUUACAGACCAGUAAUGUGCAAUGUCUUUAACGGUUAUGAGCUUCUCCUCUUCAAGCGCUUUAAUCAGCACCCAGAAGAAUGGCAAGAAUGGAGGGAGAAGCUGAAAGAAAGGGAGGAACAUGGGGUUGAUAGUUUCGGGGAUAUUCCGAGGGAGUUAUGGUACCUGUCUGUAGCCUUGCAUCAGCGUCCACGCUACCUGUUGCAACUAGUCAGAGAUGAGAUUGAAAAGGAAAAGAAACACUAUCUCAGGAGAACUGGAGAAACACUGUUGACCACCUACAUCAACAUGAAUCACUUCACUGAGUUUCAUCUGGAUAGUAUCUUCAAGUACGGAGAAGACAAUAAAUUACCUAAAGAGAUUUUCAAAUGUGCCAAUAUUCGCUACCUUUCACUGAAGUUCAACUGUCUUUAUGAUAUACCUCCUGAUAUAGGCCAUCUCCAGAAGUUAAAAUAUCUUGCCCUGACAAAUAAUCGCCUACAUGUGCAAUCUAUUCCCCACACAUUGACAUUCUGUACUAGUCUACGCACUCUACUGUUGGACAAUAACUUACUCGAUGCACUACCAGGAUUUCUCCUUCAGAUGCCAAAUAUUGAGACAGUCCAUCGCCAUGGCAACCAUAAUUAUUUUAAAUCCACUUUCAUGUGGUAUCAUACAGAUGUGUACUGCAGGAUCAUGCCAUUGACUGGAAAUACACAAUUUUCGCUGAAGAAGCCUUUAAAACUGUCGUUUUGGGCUGCAAAAACUCUGAUAGGAUCCAAAAAGAACUUCUUCACUGAUAAGAAUGUUGCCCCAGUGUUAAAGGACUAUAUCUGUGAUGUGUAUGAACAGUUCAACAUUUGCCAGAACUGUACCACAGCCUGUCUCAGUAACAAACCAGGAUUCAAGGUGAUAACUUUCAAGAAUCCAUAUUUAGGAAACACCUGUGUGCCCUUUCAGCACUGGGUGUGUUCCUUGGAAUGUGCCAAAGCCCUCGAAGUUCCUGCCCGACAUGAACAGAUUGCCAAAGCAAGAGAACUUGAUUCUAAGUAUGAAUACUAUGUGAAAGAAUGUCAGCAAGCCUUUUACAAGUGUAAAAGCAAACAUAAGAUGUUGUCUUGUCUGUCAACGGGAGACGUUGACAAUAUUUCAGACUGUGAUAGUUUUGUGUCGGAGGUAACAAGUUACCAGACGACAGAGUCUAGCUUUGAUCUGGAGCCUACACAGGCACAACCAAAGAAUUGUGCUGUCAUGUGAUAUAUCUAUCUUUAUUGACAGAUAAGCAUUUUGCAGCAUAAUAUAAAACAGGGUUGAUCUUGCUAUAGUGUUGAAUAAAAUGAAUAGCAAAACAUGAUUGAUUUUAUACAAUUUAGUAAAUUGUAUUUUUACAUAACAACAGGAUCUGAUACACUUAAUUUGCCAAUAGCUCUGUUUGUACAUUGAUGAUAUUAUGCUACUUUAUACUGAAAUGGAAAUAAUUUACUUUGACUGUUUGAUGAAAUUAUUUGACACAAGUUAUUCCACUUUACAGUAUACUAACUUGCAUUUAUUUGUUCUCAUGACAUCUGAGGCCAGUAGCAUAGUUGACAAUGGACUGUGAUAUACUCUAGAUAAUUGCUUUUUCAGAGAUUAUCUUUUCAGUGAAAAUUGGGAUGUGCUAAGUAAUAAAUACAUUUUGUAAUAUAA